UUCUUGUUAGUUUGUUCAGUUCCGGUGAGUGAAAGAAAGAGAUAGAGAGAGAGAGAGAGAGAGAGAGAGAUUGGUUCUUCAGAUCUGAGGAAAAAGAUUAUUGGAACAGAAAAAACCAGGCGGGGAGUCCGAUCCUAGCUUUUGUUUUGGAAUUUUGCGAUUCGAAAAGCAUCGAAGAAGGUGCGUGGAAGAAGAAGAAGAAGAAGAAGAAGAAGAAGAAGAAGCAGUCCUGGAGAAGAAGAGGAAGAGGAAGAAGAAGAAGAAGAGCAGCGCCGUUUUUUUCUUUCUCCACUCAAAUAGAGUCGAAAUAUCCCUGCGGUUUCUGUUCCAUUUUUGGUUUCUCUCUCUAUCCCGCGAAAUAUUGGAAGGACGAAAAUCGUCGAAUGUGUGACGGCUGAAACUAGGUUUUAAGAGUCCAAAGGUUUUACUCCAAGUUCUCCGUUGGUUGUGUCUGGAGGUUGCGCCGCUGAGAUUUCUGUUUCUAUUGAACCCGAAAUUCCCGGAAUAUAGAUUCCUCCGAGCGUCAAGUUGAUCUUGCUUGUCUGGCGGUUGGAGUUUCUUGUCUUCUGCUUUAAAAUUUCUUCUAUACAACAGAGGAUUCAUAACCCUCCGAGUUUUGCUCUUGAGAAUAUCUUCGGGUGGACAAAGUCAGGGUUUGGUUUUAUAUAUUUGCUUUGGUUUGAGGUCGUUUCGCGUUUGAAGAUAAUGUACGGUGUGAACUGUUGAGUCCGAUGAGUUGCAGGAGAUCAAGAGGCGGCAUCCCAUAAAAGUAUACGGUUUUCUUCGAUGCCACCCUGGAAGUAAUCAGUGAAGCGGUUAGAGAAAGAAUCAGCUGGAGUUAAUAGAAGUUGAGGAUUUCUUCUGUUUAGUUUCUUGCUCGUGAUUCAAGCGCAGUUUUUUAGCUUUCUGCUUCCUUCGUAUGGGAGUGUAGAGAUACCUCAUCUUCUCGGUUUCUCUUGAAGGAAGGUUGGAGGAAGUUUUAGUAAUGUGCUUCUUUUUCUCAUCUCUCUGAAGCGAAUAGGGGAGGUUUAAUUUCUUUUCUUACGGCGGUCUAUUCUUGCUGGAAUUUCUGGCUUGAGACUUUAGAGUAAGCUCGAGUUCACAUAUAAAUUAGCAUCCAUAAAGUAGUUUCAUGCUCUGAAGCCCCUUUCAUUUGAUUACGGGAAUGAUCACAUUUACGGAUUCGAAGAAAGAAUCAAUGGCGGAUACCGAGAAAUGCCUAGAUUCUCAACUCUGGCAUGCCUGCGCGGGAGGGAUGGUGCAGAUGCCUCCGGUUAACUCAAAGGUCUACUACUUCCCUCAGGGUCAGGCGGAGCAUGCUUAUGGAAACGUCGAUUUUGGGAAUUCGCAAAGGAUUCCACCUUUCAUCCUCUGCCGAGUCGCUGCAGUGAAGUUCAUGGCAGAUCCAGAGACGGACGAAGUGUAUGCGAAGAUGAGAUUGGUUCCCAUUAGGAACAACGAAGCUGGCUACGACGAUGAUGGGGUUCUGGGAAGCAACGGCUCUGAGCUCCAAGAGAAGCCCGCGUCGUUUGCCAAGACCUUGACACAAUCAGAUGCUAAUAAUGGUGGAGGUUUUUCUGUUCCUCGUUAUUGUGCAGAAACAAUUUUCCCCCGCCUGGACUAUUCGGCCGAUCCCCCUGUUCAGACUGUCCUUGCCAAGGAUGUCCAUGGUGAGAUUUGGAAGUUCCGGCAUAUAUAUAGGGGAACCCCACGCCGUCACCUCCUGACGACGGGGUGGAGCACUUUCGUGAACCAGAAGAAGCUCGUUGCUGGGGAUUCAAUUGUCUUCUUAAGAACAGAGAAUGGGGACCUCUGUGUCGGAAUCCGGCGAGCAAAGAGAGGGGUUGGUGAUGGUCCGGAUUCACCAUCUGGAUGGAACCCGGCUGCUGGAAACUGUAUCUCACCAUACGGGAGUUUCUCUGUCUUCCUAAGAGAGGAUGAUAACAAGCUUAUGAGGAACCCCAAUAGUGGUAGUGCAAACUCGAAUGGUGGUUGGAGGGCAAGGGGAAGGUUUAGGGCUGAGUCUGUCAUUGAGGCUGCAAAUCUUGCUGCCAAAGGGCAAUCCUUUGAAGUUGUUUACUACCCAAGAGCCAGCACCCCGGAGUUUUGCGUGAAGGCCUCUGCUGUGAAGGCGGCAAUGCGAAUCCAGUGGUGUGCAGGGAUGAGGUUCAAGAUGGCAUUUGAGACGGAGGAUUCUUCACGGAUAAGCUGGUUCAUGGGAACAAUAUCUGCCGUUCAGGUUGCUGAUCCCAUCCGGUGGCCUAAUUCACCCUGGAGACUUCUCCAGGUAACUUGGGAUGAACCGGAUUUGCUGCAAAAUGUGAAGCGCGUCAGCCCAUGGCUGGUUGAAUUGGUAUCAAACAUGCCUGCCAUCCAAUUCUCUCCCUUUUCACCCGCAAGGAAGAAAUUGCGGCUCCCACAACAUCCAGAUUUUCCCCUCGACGGCCAAGUUCCUAUUCCGUCAUUUUCAGGCAACCCCCUUGGAUCCAGCAGCCCCUUGUGUUGUCUAUCGGACAGCACAACUGCAGGCAUACAGGGAGCCAGGCAUGCUCAAUUUGGUAUAUCCCUUUCAGAUCUCCACCUAAACAAACUGCAGUCGGGUCUGUUUUCAGCUGGUUUCCACCGGUUUGAUCAUGCUACCCCACCAUCAAGAAUAUCCAACAGCCUUGUUGUGGCCAAGUCUAAUGGCAGUGACAAUGUGUCAUGCUUGCUUACCAUGGGAAGUUCUGUUGCCCAGACUUCGAAAAAAUCAGAUGAUGGAAAGACACCCCAGUUCUUGCUCUUUGGACAACCUAUACUCACUGAGCAGCAGAUCUCUCUUAGCGGCUCCGGUGAUACAGUAUCACAGGGACUUACGGGGAACAGUUCGUCUGAUGGGAAUCAGGAGAAGGUGACAAACUUCUCAGAUGGUUCUGGAGCUGCACAUAAUCAACGUGGUAACUCAUGUGAAGGGAUUCCGUGGUACAAGGACCGGCCAACAAUGGAGCUUGGUUUGGAGACCGGUCACUGUAAGGUGUUUAUGGAAUCAGAAGAUGUGGGCAGGACUCUUGACCUCUCAGUUCUUGGGUCAUAUGAAGAGCUAUACAGGAGGCUGGCCAACAUGUUUAGCAUAGAGAAGUCGGAAACGCUGAGCCAUGUGCUCUACCGGGAUGCAACAGGUGCAGUCAAACACACCGGAGACGAACCAUUCAGUGAGUUCAUUAAAACCGCAAGAAGGCUGACAAUUCUAAUGGAUUCUGGCAGUGACAAUAUAGGAAGGACAUGGGUCACAGGGUUGCGGACUGCUGAAAAUGGACUUAGUAGCUCUCCUAAUAAGAUGGGCCCUCUAAGCAUAUUUGCUUAAGAUAGGAAUUUUUUAGGUUUUUGAUGCUGGAACUUGAAAUCAUUUCUCUUGAAGAACCACCUUUUUUUAUAUAUAUAUAUUUUUUUCUCCC